AAAGUUAAGGAGAUUAAUGGAAGUCAAGCAGCUGAGGAUACCUCCGUGUGUCAUCUAUACAAGAAAUGGGGAUAAGCUAAAAGUCUUUUCCGACGAUGUGGAAGCCACAACGACUCUGUCCACCCCGGUUCAGGAGCGGGAUCAAUGGAGCAAGGGAGUGGAAUUUCUUUUCUCCUGCAUAGCUCUAUCCGUGGGCUUGGGCAACGUUUGGCGAUUUCCCUUCAUUGCUCUGGAGAAUGGAGGUGGGGCUUUUCUUAUACCCUAUGUGAUUGUUCUGUUGCUGAUUGGCCGACCUGUUUACUAUUUGGAAGUGAUUGUUGGACAGUUCUCAAGUCGUGGUUGUAUAAGGGCUUUUGAGUUGGCUCCCAUUAUGAAGGGCAUAGCCUAUGGUCAGGUGUAUUCCACUGCAUUAGCCACAACAUAUUAUGCCUGCAUUAUGGCUCUGACUUUACGCUAUUUGGUAGCCUCUUUUAGUGAGGUUCUACCCUGGACGUAUUGCCUAAUAGAAUGGGGCAGUCAGUGUGUAGCAACUGAAGCAUCUGGUAAUGGCACUGACCUUAGUCAUGGUGUCUCUGCGGCGGAAUUCUAUUUAACUCAAAUUGUGUUAAGAGAACCUCUCGAUUUGAAGGACGGCUUAGGUUCACCCAGCUGGGACUUAGUUUCCUGUCUAAUGGUCACUUGGUUAAUCAUAGCCACUAUUCUGAUCAAGGGAAUACGCAGCUCGGGCAAGGCUUCCUAUUUCUUGGCCCUCUUUCCGUAUGUCAUUAUGUUGAUUCUGCUGAUUCGUGCGGUGACCUUGCCCGGUGCCUGGCAAGGCAUUUCUUACUUCCUGCAGCCCCAGUGGUCGCAGUUGCUCAAUCCGCAUGUCUGGCAUGCAGCCAUCACACAAAUGUUUUUCUCACUAGCCAUUUGCUUCGGUACUCUGGUGAUGUAUGCCUCGUUCAAUGAUUUCCACAAGAAUGUACACAAAGAUGUAAUUAUUAUCACAACAGUCGAUUCGUUUACCUCUCUACUGGCUGGUUGCAUUAUCUUUGGAAUUCUCGGCAAUCUUGCCCAUGAGACAAACACUACGAAUAUCUCACAGGUGGUGAAGGGUGGCGCCGGUUUGGCCUUCAUUUCGUAUCCAGAGGCAAUUGCCAAAUUUAGGUUUCUGCCCCAGCUGUUUGCAGUGCUGUUCUUUUUCAUGUUGCUGGUCCUCGGCAUUGGCAGCAACAUUGGAAUGGCGUCAUGUGUGAUCAAUGCAACCAAAGAUCGUUUUACUCAAUUACCUCAUUGGCUCGUGGCCAUUGGUUUCUCAGUGUUGGGAUUCCUAUGUGGCUUGGUCUAUAUGACACCAGGCGGGCAAUUCGUUUUGAAUCUUGUGGAUUUUUAUGGCUGCACCUUCAUUGCCUUGGUCCUGGCUAUUGCCGAACUCUUAACCUUCGGUUGGAUCUAUGGAGUAAACCGAAUUUGCAGCGAUAUUGAAUUCAUGCUAAAUGUGAAGACUGGAUUCUAUUGGCGCAUCUGUUGGGCCAUUGUGGCACCGUGUCUGAUGUUCUUGGUGCUCGCCUACAUGUUGGUUGGCUACGAGCCACUAACUUAUAAAGGAACCCCCUAUCCAUCGGAAGCAUAUGUGGCAGGUUGGGCAAUCUGGUUCGUGGGUGUGGCUCAAUUGCCCUUGUGGGCCAUUUAUACCAUUUACCAACAGCCGGCGAAUACUUUUAGAAAUAAACUGAAAAUGGCUAUGCAACCAACUACCGACUGGGGUCCUCGUCAGACAGAGCUUUUUAAAGCCUAUAUCCUUUAUCAGAAGCGUCAAUUGGAGGUGGUCCAAAGGCGAUCUGAAUGUUUCUUUUUUAACAAUAUCUUCGGUUAGUUUAACAAUUUGAUUA